UAGGCAAAUUCAUAAUUAUACUGCAACCCUAGGCCAAGCACAUUUUCUUGGAUCUCUCUGUAAAAGAUUUGUCAAAAUUAAGUGUGAAAUGUACGAAUUGAAAACUUUGUUGCCACAAUUUGACAUAAAACUACCUACCUGUAUGUACGAAUUAAGGAAUAUUAGUCUCUCCAGCUGGUGCAGAUGGCGCAGUAAGUGGCCUAUUAAAUUUCCAAAGAGGCGUCAUAUUCAGUGCAGUGGCGCGAAGGAGAGUGAGAACUUAUCGAAAAAGCCAAAGACUUGUGCACUUGAUUUGGACAUUUUAGGCCGACAAAUACAACAACUGUUAAAGCAAGAUGAUACUUCAGUAGUGCUGCAGCGUCAGGAAAAAGUGCUAAAGCAGCUGGAGGAGCUGAAAGCACAACUGGGCAAGAUUCGCAGCAGUCUGGGUGUCAAUGUAUGUGGCAAGACCAUACAACAUACGACGUCAUAUCAGAAUGGUGGACUAAAAGAGGUGCCGCUGCAUGAUGUUGUCGUUAAUGGUCAUCCGAAUUUUAUACCCUAUGCGCUAUUGGCAAUGAAGAACGCUUGGCGGAAUUUGUAUACAAUUGAUGUGAAGACCUUCACACACUCUACCAUGGCAGACAUAGGGCCAAAAGCGCGUGAAUUCGAAGAAAACUUGGCAAAGGUUCCAGUGAAUCCAGCGCUGCCAAAGAUCAAUGUAACACUCAUCUGGAAAAACUGCGAACACACUGAGAUGAUUAGCUCACCUACCAUGUAUGUGCCCAUUUAUGGUGAAGUGAAUAUCAUACGCUAUUUAGGACGUGUGGGACCCGCUGAGUAUAGAUAUGAGAACUCUCCGCUCUGCAACGAAAUCGAUGCUGUAUUAGACAUCUGCUAUCAACUGCUGCGUUGCAGCACGCACAAGGCGCAGGUUGCCAUGGUGCGGCUGCUGGACAAGCGCCUGGCACAACAGCAAUAUUUUGGUGGCGAUCAAAUGUCUGUGGCGGACAUUGGCGUCCACAGUUCGCUCAUACGCAUGCCUGCCAUUACCGACAAGGAUCUAACACCUGCGAUGCUCGCAUGGCGUAAGCGCGCCAAGCUUGUUACUCAAAUCUAAGCUGUAUAGAAUAAAAUAUUUGCAAACAGCAAAGUGAAUGUGAAA